AUGAGUUCGUUUGACAUGUUUGAAGAAACGAUUGGGAGAAUUCUAUGCUGUCAGUGUGGUGCAUCAAUUGAACCAAAUGCUUUGAGUAUGUGUGUGGCCUGCGUGAAAUCGCGCAUUGAUAUCACACAGGAAAUACCCAGACAAAGUCGAGCUUUCGUGUGUAAGUUCUGUAAUCGAUGGUUGAUACCACCUAAUGGUUGGGUACGUGCUGAGUUAGAAUCCAAGGAACUUCUUGCUAUUUUACUGAAAAAGUUGAAGCCAGUUAUGACAAAGGUUCGUCUUACAGACGCUUCUUUUGUAUGGACAGAGCCUCAUUCUAAACGAGUGAAAUUAAAGCUUACUGUCCAAAGUGAGGUGAUGACUGGUGCUGUUCUUCAACAGAGUUUCAUCGUUGAAUUUGUUAUUAUGAAUCAGAUGUGUGACGACUGCCGACGUGCUGAAGCUAAAGAUUUUUGGCGUGCUUGCGUUCAAGUUCGUCAAAAAUGUGAUUUUAAGAAAACUCUCUUUUACCUUGAACAGCUAGUUCUGAAACAUGAUAUUCACAGAAGCGCGAUCGGUGUCAAGCCUGUACCCACGGGGAUCGAUUUUUUUUACACAAAAUUGCAAGAUGCCAGAAAAUUUGUUGAUUUCAUUACUUCCCAUUUGCCAUGCAAAUACUCAUAUGCACAGGAAUUGGUGACACAUGAUUCUAAAAAUAAUACUUAUGACUAUAAGCACACUUUUUGUGUAUAUGUAGUACCUAUCUGUCGGGAUGAUCUUAUAUGUUUACCGAAGAAAAUAGCUCAGUCUUUGGGCAGUAUCAAUCAACUCGUUGUGUGCUCCAGAGUAAACAAUUUCAUUAGUAUAAUUGAUCCAACAACUUCUCAAGUAGCAGAUAUCAACUCAAUUCAAUAUUGGCGUGAUCCCUUUUCAACUUUAUGCCAGUCGAAACAGUUAAAGGAAUUUUACGUAAUUGAUGUAGAAGAUGUUGAUAUUUCAUCAAAAACUGAGUCAUUGACUCAGUUGUCCAGGAAGCAUCGUUUAGUUGAUGUUUGGAUAGUUCCUAGCAGUCAGGUUGGACACGAUGAUCAUCAAGUUUGUGUUCGAAGUCAUCUUGGACAUUUGCUCAAACCAGGAGACUUAGUUCUAGGUUAUGAUUUAAGCAAAAUCAACGUGAACAGUGCUUUACUUGACGAGUUGAAAGAAGAAAGGAUACCUGAUGUUAUUCUUGUUCGGAAAGUUUAUGAUCGGAAUUUGCGACGAAAAAGACGUAAUUGGAAGCUGAAGCGAUUAAUUCUAAACAACAAAAAUGUUUAUGAUGCGGAAUCCAUAGAAAGAGAAUUUGAGAAGUUUCUGGAAGACUUAGAAGAAGAUGACCAAAUGAGGCAAAAAGUCAAUAUUUAUCGAGACUAUGAUAAACCACUUAUUGUUUGUUCGGAAGAAGGCUCACAACUUGAUUUUCCAUGUGGACCCUCAUUACAAGAAAUGAUGGAUGACUUGGACAUAAAUGAUGUUGAAAUGACCGAAUGA